AUGAAAAAAAUUAAUUUAAUCUUUAAAUAAGAUUGUUUCAAAAAUAAAAUCUAAAUCAUACUUAAAUUUAGAAUUUUAUUAUGUUUUAGUUAUUAUAUAAAACAAUAUUAAAACUACAUUAGACUGAAGUUUAAAGAUUCUAAUCCAUAUUUAAGGAAUUAUUUCUUUUACAUUAACUAAUUUAGUGUCUUAACAAUUAAUACUUGGGUAUUUUUCUAAAACCUGAGAUUGCUUGCAUUCUCAAAAGAGAUUUAGUUACCUUUUGGUAUUUUUUGGCUCAAUCAUUUAUAAGAAAUUAAUUGUUCUUAUAUCAAUAAAAUAGUUUAACUCUGCAUUUUUAGGCAGAAUUAGAAUUUUUUAGAGUAUUUGAAUUUUAAUCAGAAUUUUUUGAAAGUUAAAGUUUUGGAUCUUAUCUUACCUGAAUUUUUAAGGUCAUAGGAAAUAUAUUAAAUAAUCUGA